AUGGUGGUGGACGAAGAAGUCCAAGCUGGCAAUGUUUCUAAAGGUGAUUCACCUGAUGUCGAAGGUACAGAUAAUGACCCUCAAGGAGGAAAUGACGACCAAGAUGAGGAGGUAGUGGAAGAAGAAGAAGAAGAAGUCGAAGAGCCGCCGGUAUUCGAUGAUGCUCCUGAUGCUGAUGAUGGGGAGGAACUUGAGGACCAAGAUGACAAUGGUGAGGGGGGCCAGGGUGAAAUAAACGAAGGACAACCUCAGGGCCAAACUCCUGUAACCCCCACAACUAAAGUUAUUCCUAAGGGUAUCAGAGCUUCGACAAGAGCAACUAUGGGUCACUCUUUAGAGGAAUUAGUAGCUCUGAAACAAAGCCAACCCCUUGAGUAUCUGAAGGCUAUGCUGAGUCGAAGAGAAAGCUCAUAUGAAAGAAGUCUUAGCACUUCUACAACCUCUGAGGAUCAAUCUUCGAGCAGACCAGCGAAUGAGGCUCUCCUCAGCCAAGUUAAUUUGUUGGAUGUUUCUCCUGAAGUUGCCAAUAUCAUCUUGGAGUUGGGUACCAUGAUAGGACAGGUUGUCGAGGACAAUAAACUACUUCUCCAAAUUACCAAAGAAAUCGAACAGAAAAUAGGUGUUGAGGCUGCUUCUUGUGAUGCAGCUAGUAAAUCGACCAACAAGGCGCUGGAACUGGAGGAGACGAAGAAGAAAAACCAGACAGAGAUCGAAAACCAUGAUCGUGACAUUGCCUCUUGA